AUGGAAUCUUUCCUGAAAAGCAUAUGGCAAGCUUUGCAGAUUUUCAAAUCUUUAUUACAAGUCUUGCAUAAUUUCAGAGUGACAAAAGAAGAUGGCACAGUAAUAACAGAGAAACGCACUAUAAAAGGGGAAUUUAUUUGUUCUAAUAAGGAUGACUCGCGUAAAAUGUCGCAUCGUUUGCGAAAAAAAUUACAUUAUCGUAAAAGAUGUGGAUAUAUAGUGGAUCUGAAACCAGAUUUACAAAUGGCAAAUGUCGCAGAAGGGGUUUAUCUUGGAAGUCAGGAUGUAGCUCACGAUUAUGAUGUUCUAAUGCAGCAUAAAAUCAGUCACAUAAUUAACUGUGCGACUGGUGUGAAUAAUAUUUUCUUGGAUACUAUUGAAUACCUUACUUUUGAUGUAUUGGAUGUACCGUGGACUAAUUUGGAGCAGCAUUUUGAAGAAUGUCAUAAGUUUAUGAGAAAAGCUAUAGAAAAUGGUGGGAAUGUCCUUGUACAUUGCAACGCUGGUAUCUCGCGAUCAGCUACUAUCGUACUUUCAUAUCUCAUGCGUUAUAACAAACUCUCAUUGAGUGAAGCUCUAGUUCAUGUAAAUAAAACCAGAAAAGUUUGUCCGAAUCCUGGUUUUAUUCAGCAGUUGGUGAAAUAUGGGAAGAAAUUACCAAGCAAAAGUAAUAUACUUGAGAAUAACCAAGAAAAAUGA